AAUGCUCUAGAAUAUUACAGCAGCUUCGCGUUUGUUCUGCUGUGUGUAUUAAAGCGCGUGUCCUGCUGCUGGCGCUCUUUUAGGCUGUCAGGACAGUACAGAACAUUUAAUAGCAACAAUUAAUCACACUCAUGUAAAUAUAAACACCGGGUCUUUGCUGGACGCGUCCGCAAGAGCAUUACAUUAAAAUAUCAACAGGUGUGUGAAGAAGCUGUGGGACGAGAGCGGGCACUCGGGCCCGUCGUGAUGUUAUGUUGGGGAAACGCCUCCUUCGGGCAGCUGGGUUUAGGAGGUAUCGAUGAGGAGGUGCUGCUGGAGCCCCGAAGAUGUGAGUUUUUCGAGGGUAAGCGCGUGCGGGACGUGGGCUGCGGGAGACGCCACACUGUCUUCCUGCUAGAGGAUGGGACGGUUUACACCUGCGGCUGCAAUGACCUGGGGCAGCUGGGGCAUGAGAAAGCCCGCAAGAAACCAGAGCAGGUGGUGUCUCUGGAUGCGCAGAACAUUGUGGCGGUGUCGUGUGGAGAAGCUCAUACUCUUGCUCUGAAUGAUAAAGGACAAGUGUUUGCGUGGGGUUUGGGAUCAGAUGGACAGCUCGGACUUUCCAUUGUAGAAGACUGUCUGCGUGUGCCCAGAACUGUCAAGAGCUUGUCAGAGGUUCACAUUACCCAGGUGGCCUGUGGAUACUGGCAUUCCCUUGCUUUAGCCCGAGGAGGCGAGAUAUUCUCCUGGGGCCAGAAUAAGUAUGGUCAGCUGGGUCUGGGGCAGCAGGGAGCCUGUGUCUGCUCUCCACAGGUCAUCCAGUCUCUGCAGGGCAUCCCGUUCGGGCAGAUUUCCGCCGGUGGAGCUCACAGCUUUGGCCUCACGCUCUCUGGGGCCAUUUUCGGAUGGGGGCGGAACAAGUUCGGCCAGCUGGGCCUCGGAGACAAUGAUGAUCGCCGUUUCCCAGUCUUGCUGAAGACUCUCAGGUCUCAACAGGUUGUUUACAUCUGCUGUGGAGAGGACCACACGGCAGCGCUAACAAAGGAGGGCGGUGUAUUUACUUUUGGAGCUGGUGGAUAUGGUCAGCUGGGACACAACUCCACAAACCAUGAGGUCAACCCCAGAAAGGUGUUUGAGCUCAUGGGGAGCGUGGUUUCACAGAUUGCAUGUGGUCGGCAGCACACUCUGGCGUUCAUCCCUUCAUCAGGAAAGAUAGAUUCGUUCGGUCUCGGGGGAAACGGUCAGCUGGGAACGCGCUCCACCUGCAACCGCAUCAGUCCCACACCGGUGAAGGGCUGCUGGAGAGCCCACGCUGACCCUGUUGCCAUGGAUCAUAGCGAGGCGGAGCGGAGUUACUGUGUGAAGAGGAUUUAUGCUGGAGGAGACCAGAGUUUCGCUCACUACGCUUUAUCAGAGGAUGACGGUCCCCCACUGGAUGUGAGGAUAACCAGACCUGCUGGACAGAUCUACACACUCAGCACUGAACUCAUCCAGAAGUGGCUCAAUCACGGCCUUGGCAGGAUACCAGCAGAAAUCACAGAUGAGAUUGAUCUUGUGUUUUCUUCUGCGAGUUGUCUCAAUGGAAGCUUUCUGUCUUCAAGUAAUCCAGAUCACUACAGCACGAGCAGUAAGUGCUCAGGUGUGGACAUUAACACGGCUCGUCUGCUCUUCCACAAACUCAUCCAAACCGAUCACCCACAAAUCUCACAAAUCAUCGCUGCUAGUUUGGAGAAGAAUCUCCUUCCCAAAUUGAGCAGUUCUCCUCCAGACAUCGAGGCUCUGAGACUGUACCUGACCCUGCCUGAGUGUCCACUUCUCUGCAACCCGAACAACUUCACUACGUUAACUAUUCCCUUCGCCAAAGCCAUCGUCAGCCUGAAAGAUGCUCCUAUCAAAGUGCUCGGGAACUGGUGGUCCCGGUUUGAGCCGGUGGUUUUCCAGAGGCUGGUGGAGCUCUAUAAGGAGGUGGUGGUGUAUCUGUUGCGCAUGCAGAAACUGGGCAUUCCUCUUUCUGAACAGAGGAUCUUCACCUGCUUUUUAGACACUUCACUUAAACUGCUGGAGAUCCUGCACUCGGUCAAUGAGCGUGCCGGACAGAUCAUCCAGUAUGAUAAAUUCUACAUCCAUGAGCUAGACGAGCUGAUCGACAUCAGGAAUGAUUAUGCGACCUGGUUUCAGCAGCAGAUGUUCUCUGUGGUCAUGGACUCUCAGGUCACCCUCUGCAAAUACCCGUUUGUGUUUGACGCUCAGGCGAAGACGGCUCUGCUGCAGACUGAUGCUGUGAUCCAGAUGCAGAUGGCGGUGGAUCAGGCGCAGAGACAGAACUUCACCUCAUUAUUUCUGUCCGGCGGAGGCGUGGAGUCAGUGAACCCCUGCCUCAUCCUCAUCGUACGCAGAGAAAACGUGGUCGGAGACUCCAUGGAGGUGCUGAGGAAGUCCAAAAACGUAGACUACAAGAAGCCACUCAAGGUGAUCUUUGUUGGCGAGGAGGCUGUGGACGCUGGUGGUGUGAGGAAAGAGUUUUUCCUGCUCAUCAUGAAAGAGCUUCUGCACCCGAAAUAUGGCAUGUUUAGAUUCCACGAGGAGUCCAGGCUUAUCUGGUUUGCUUGCAAGACGUUUGAAGAUAUCGACCUGUUUCACCUGAUCGGUGUUGUCUGUGGAUUGGCCAUCUAUAAUCUCACUAUAGUGGAGCUGAAUUUCCCGCUAGCGCUGUACAAGAAACUGCUGAAGAAAACACCAACACUAGAGGACCUGAAGGAGCUCAUGCCUGAUGUGGGAAGGAGUCUUCAGCAGCUGCUGGAUUAUACUGAAGAUGAUUUGGAGGAAACCUUCUGCCUGAAUUUCACAAUCACAGAAGAUAAUUUUGGAGCCACAGAGGUAGUGGAACUGAUCCCCAACGGGACCGACAUCAGCGUCAACAAAUCCAACAGGCAGGAGUUUGUCAACGCUUAUGUGGAUUAUAUAUUCAACAAGUCUGUGGCUCCUCAGUUCAGUGCUUUCUAUGCUGGAUUUCACAAAGUGUGUGGAGGGAAAGUCCUGGAGCUUUUCCAGCCCAGUGAACUGCAGGCCAUGGUCAUCGGAAACACCAACUAUGACUGGAAGGAGCUGGAAAAGAGCACCGAGUAUAAGGGCGAGUACUGGGCUGAUCAUCCCACCAUCAAGAUAUUCUGGGAGGUUUUUCACGAGCUGCCUUUGGAGAAGAAGAAACAGUUCCUGUUGUUCCUGACAGGCAGUGAUCGUAUCCCCAUUCUGGGCAUGAAGAGUCUGGCUCUGGUGAUUCAGCCGACCGCAGGAGGAGAGCAGUAUUUCCCAGUGGCACACACAUGCUUUAACCUGCUGGAUCUGCCCAAAUACACCAGCAAAAACACAAUGCAGGAGAAGCUGCUGCACGCCAUUGAACACAACCAGGGCUUUAACCUGGUCUGAUGAGCUGAGGUAAAACACACAGCAUUUACUGAGACGCUGCUGCUGCUGCUGCUUUAAAACAUUAGCACAUCUGCAUCUGAAUAAUCCUCACAGCUGAAAUAAAGAAACUAAAGUCCCAGAGGGGCUCAAACAUCUUA